ACUUUCGCCGUUGCUGUAGCUGUUGCUGUCGCUGCUGUAACUGUCGCAGUCGCUGACAUCGUUAUUAUCGUUAUCAUUAUUAUCAUCAUUAUCAUCAUCAUCGAUGCUCGUACACACAGAUCGUAUCGCAUCGCCGUCGUCGUCGUCGUCGACGAUAGUGUCGUCAGUGUCGUCAGUGACAUCGUCAGCAUCAUCGCCAGUGUCAUCGUCAGUGUUAUCGUCAGUGUCAUCGGCAGUGUCACCAUCAGCGCCGUCGCUGUCAUCAUUCAUCGUUCGACGUUGCUUCGACUCGUCAGCCAAAUCCCCUGGCUAAAGCCCGCUCCGGAGGCGACAUGUCAGUGUCAACAUCGACAUCAAUAUCGACGUCAACAUCGCCUCGAUCGCGGCGGGCGCAGUGACGACGAUUUCCGUCAGCGUACUCUGAUGACGUCAGCCGCGGCGCGAUAUGAUGGAGUCCAUCAGAAAAUGGUUUUACAGGCCUAAGAAGGAUGACACAAGUCUACUGGCUCAGUUCUUCUACGCCGACGAGUCUCUGAACGCAGUCGCCUGCGAAUUGGACUCCUUCGACGGCCGUCAAGAGCCGGAGAGAUGCACGACGCUGGUGAAUCAGUUGCGACACUGUCAGGAUAAGGUGCUGACGAUCUGCAAUCAGAUAAUGGACGAUUUGAUCCCCGAGAGCCGCGCUAAUCGGGACUUCAGGGUGAAAUUCCCCGAUGACGUGAUGCAGGAGAACUUGGCCGGGCAGCUCUGGUUCGGUGCGGAAUGUCUGGCGGCCGGUUCCUCGAUCAUGAAUCGGGAGGCCGAGAGCUCGGCCAUGAGGCCGUUAGCGAAAGCUCUCACCAAGUCGUUGGAGAUCGUCAGAAACUUGUUGAGAGAGCACGCGCUCAAGGGCCACAUGAAUUUGAAGGCGCAAAAUCCUCUCGAGCCGUCUCUGGAGAAGCUUAUUGAGUCGUUGAAGAUUUUCGACCGGCUGUUUGCCGAUUUCGAGCUGUGCUAUGUCGGCGCUAUGGUUCCGGUCAAAUCGACAAAGGAGUACGAGCAACAGGAGCUCGUAUGUGUAUUGUUUUCAGAGACUCUGCAGCGAGCGCUUGAACGCGGGCUGUUGGACCAAGCAGAUGUAGAUAACUAUGAGCCAGCUUUAAUGUUCACUAUUCCCCGCCUGGCUAUCGUCUCGGGACUUUUGGCACCGCCUGGCGGACCGUUGUGCCUCAAUUCGCCUGACACCAUAAGCGAAAUGUUUAGACCAUUUAGAACUCUCCUUCUCAAGAUAAGAGAACUAUUAUGGACGUUAAACAACCGCGAGUUGUACAUGUUGGAGAAGUUAUUAUGCUCGAACGAGGAGCCAUCAGGCUCGAUUACGCACUCGACGAAAUCGACGUGUCAGGACAUACCGGAUUUGGAAGAAUACGUUCAUAAUUUUUAUACCGGUUAUCCGAACUGCAAAGAAUUUAUCGUUGAUUUCUAUACUGUGACGAGAAAUACGGGCAACAACAUGGACGAGGUAGCGAGCGAUGCGGUUCAAUCGUUGGACGAAAGUAGCAGAGGCGAUCAGUUACCGAGCAAAAAGCGUGAGCAGGGAAGACAUGGACGUAAAACGAAGAGAAGUGCGGAAACUAAGCGUGAAGAUUUAAACAUAUCCUCGGACGAAUGUGAUAGUAAUGUAAUAUGUGACAGCGCUGAAAAGAUGCAGCAGAGUGAUGGGGAAAGUGUCGACGAACGAAUGCAAUACGAACGGGAAUUAUCUGACGGCGCUUCGCGCGACAUUGGGCAAUUUCUUCACGACUGUGAUUCAGUUUCUAAUGAUGAGAACGAUGUUAGCGCGAGUCCCGACGCGAUGAUACAGAAUGACGUUGAGACAUUAGUUGUAGCGGGAACCAGUGCUUCAAAUACUAUCGAAGACACGCGGAAUGAGGAAAGCUUCAUUACCUCCGACUUGACUAAAAUGUUCGAGGGAUACUCCGACAACAUGGAGAUUCCACAGAUGCAGUAUUUGUUUAAUCAAGUCGCUCAUGGAAAUACCAUUGACAGUGAGGCGCAUAUAUCCGAGAACACUUCAUCCGAUUCAGACUCUAAAAAACUUAUCUCGGAGGCGAAUAAAACGCUUUCAAACCUUUUAUUAGACUCUAGCGAAUGUCCGAACGAGAUCUCGGAACAAACAGACUCCGGCAUAUGUACGGUAAUAUCGUCCGAGAACACCAGCUUGUAUGACAAGAGUCCGGAAGAAAAGAAAACUUUUAGUAACGAAAUUCAGCAAGAAGGAUGCGGUGUAUCGGACGAGGAAGACACGCAGGAGAAUACUAGCUAUUCUUGCUCUAAUAUGAACUCGCCAAAGAAAAAGAAUCCCGCCAUUUCGGAGAACUCGUGUGUUUGCGGCAUGAAGAAUGUUAGCAAAACAUCUACUUCGAAUCACUCGAUCGAAGUACCCGGUUUGCAUUCGAACGGAGACAGAGAAUCCACCGGCAAAAACAUUCCACAAAUAUCGUCGAACUUCGAUGGCACUAACGAGGAAUUCGUUGGCGUUGCGUACGGCAACGGCCAAUUGACUCUCUGUGAUUCCAAUCAAUCCACCUUUCAGAUAAACUAUUCUGAGAAUUGGGAAAAUCUCAAUUUGAAUAUAGACGCGUCGAGUUCCCGGAAAGAGUUCUGGGAUGACUUGAAAUGUGAAAACUGCCCGUCCACUUCUCGAAGUAUCGAGAAAAUCGACAGUAAAAUAGAAAGGUACGUGCAGGAUAAGGUGAGGAAAACGAGAGACGAAAAGCAACGACGGCGACACCAGCACAAAAUGGACCGAAACACGCACAAAACUCAUAGUAGACUGGGAGAGAAGAGACACAACCACCUGCAGUUUAUGCGGGUGGCCACAAGUACCGAGAGCUCCAGGUCGAAUUCCACGGAUCGAUGCUUGAAUGCCCGGUUGACCAGUUUCGGCGCUAGUUUGCAUCUUGGUCAAAAUACUAGGCAGAUGCCGAAUUUCGGCAGUCGCAGUCCUCACAUAAGUCCGCGACUUCAUCACUUUGAGUCACGCGGACAAUGCUGUUGCAAUCUCAGCACGCAUUGCGUGAACAAACACUCCUCGCCACAAAGUAGAAAGUUGCUGGAUCAUAGAAGAUCCCAGUCUGAGCAGAUCGCUAGAAUGAAGGAAAGAGAUGUCGAGAAGAGGGAGAGAUACGAACGAGACAAAUAUGCGCGCAUAGAAAGUUGCAAAAGAAAACGUGGAAGCGGAAGUAGUCUAAUGAAUGACGGAUUGGGCCCGAGGACGGACAAGAGCGGCUUGGUGACCGACAUUGCAACUACGCCGCAGAACGUGGUUUGUCACGAAUAUCAAAGUGCAAAAGACAAUAACACCCGCAGAUCUGCGCGAGCAGUAAGAUUGGUCAAUGCCUCGACAGUGUCCGGCGUGUCGUAUUUAAAUUCCCAUCAAUCUUUAAUCUACAAAUCCGAUGUAGCGUCAAGUUCCAGUUGUUCAAGCUGCUGCGACUCGAGUUCAGAAACCAGCGAGUUUCAUAGCGACUGUCAGGACGACGAGGAGAUCGCAUUGGCGAUGCAAGCCGCCGAGAUCGCAAAUAGAAAUCAAAUCAGAGCCAAGUUUCGAUCCUCGGAAGAUCUUGUCCAUCGCCUCUUCGUUUGCAUAGCAGGUGUGGCAGACCAGUUGCAAACAAACUUUGCAUCGGAUUUGCGAAACAUUUUAAAGUGUGUUUUUCUUAUGAAUAGCAGUCAGACAGUUGAAGAUACCGAAGAAUCGAAUACUCAGAAUUUAGCUUCUGUGGCAAAUGCACCACUAGAUACGACAGAGACAGAAAGUAUUCAUGAACGGCAAGAGUCCUUACCAGAAUACGAAAAUGUAGAGGAAACCACUUCGAACGAACACGACCGAAGUACGGCUUCUCCUGUCACUGAAACGGGAGAGGAAUGCGUCGAGAGAGCGCCUGUUUGGGUGCCGGACAACGAUGCGCCAAGGUGUAUGGCUUGUCAGGCAGGAUUCACGGUUGUGCGACGUAGACACCAUUGCCGAAAUUGUGGUAAAGUGUUCUGUGGUCGUUGCAGCAGCAACAACGUUCCACUGCCUCAUUUCGGGCACACAAAACCUGUGAGAGUGUGCAACAGGUGUUUUCUGUAUCAAGUGACGCCUUUUACGGUAUCUCAAGUCUCGUCCGCCAGAUGAAUGUUUCCGAAGUGGCUUGUAAAUCCGGUUAUUUUCUAUCGAAUUUUUUUCCCUACGCGAUACAUUUCCUUUCCAAUAUACAAGAUAUUCGCGCAAGUUCGACAACCAUAAUUUUCAUAAUAAAAUAAGUAAAUAUUCUUGUAUCUUAUAGGAACACAAGUGUCAAAGUUUCGUUAGAGCAUGUAAUUAUAUGAUACGCUCAUCCGGUGUUGAAAAGUUUAAUUCGAUAAAUUAAUUGUUGCUUUAUUAGUUAUUCAAUUAAGAAAUUGAAGUAAAUUUUUCAAGUAUUCGAAUAUUUACUCCUCUUCUGCUUUUUUUUUAUUUCUUAAGAUACAAAAAGAUACAUUGAAUAUAUAUCGAAACAUCUGGUGACCUUUCGAUUUAUCCAAUUUUCAAUGUAUAAUUUGUAAAAAAGAAAACUGUAGACAGACGCGUUUGUAUAAUAACGAAUAGAGGAAUUGGAGGAAAAUCGUUGUCAUUAAAUUACUUAUAUGCGUUAUUUUUACACUUGUAUGCACUUAAUCAAUAAAAUUAGAUGUAUAGACGCUAAUUGCUCAUAUUUUUACACAUCAUGAUUAAAUAUUUCUCCUAAGGUGUCAAUCUAAUUUGUAACAACUGUGGCAAUGUAAUUUGUGUAUAUGGUGUAAGAUUUCUCGUAUAUUCGUUUCAAAAUUUUUUAAAGAAAACUGUCUAUACGUAUUUAAGCGAUUGUAUACAAGAUAAUAAUUUUCAAGCACGCUUCUGCACAUUAUUAUUACUCUCUCUAUUACUAUUUUCAUAUUAUUAUUGUCUUUAUUAUUUACAAUUAGUUAUUAUUAUGCCUCAUAAAUAUGAUUCUUAUCGAGAUUUGUUGUUCAAAUUAUAAUAAUAAUUAUUAUUAUAUAGGAGAAGUCAGGGUCGAACGCAGAUCCUCGUUCGUAAAGUCAAUAGUUUGAUUUAUUAAUCAUCUUAGUACAUAAAUCCGAACGUUUUGGCUCAGAUUUGAGCCAUCUUCAGCAGUAACGAAAGUUUGUCACGUUCUCCGUGCCAAAAGGCGAGUUUACUGAUUCGAAUUGUCAGAAACGUAGACCAUUUGAUCCAUAUCUGUAAUUUAUUUAAGUUAAUGAUACGAUAUUAAGAAAAAAACUUCAGAAACUUCGGACCAAACGGUCCGAAAAACGUGGGAAACGAAGCCAAGUACAACAAGAAUAAUCUGCGAGGAGACUUAACGGUCUCGUCGACACGCCACACAACGAUGAAAUGACAGAAAUUGCAGGGGAGAAGUGUGUCAUAAGUCAAAUCACCGGCGAGGAUUAUACAUAGUGUGUCAAGUAAAUAAAAUAAAAUAACAGAUAUUCGGUGUACCAAUAGUGAAGCGUUCAUGAGCAUGGAUUACAAUUUGUUCAAAAUCGCAAUAUAUGCGUGAUGCAAGAAUUCUGUGUCAUUUUGUGAAUUAAUACCAUUCUUUUGUAGUUUGAUGUGAGUCAUUUCAGAGACUAAUCUCCUAGAUAAAUAUCUUUUGUUAUCUAAAAUUUUGACAUUCUCCCAAUCAAAAUCAUGAUCAAAAUUCAAUCUAUGUUUGGUGAUAACCGAUUGAGUCGUUGUAUUUCUAUGAAUGUGAUUACGGUGUGCUGAGAUUCUAGUUUUCAGUUGUCUCAUCGUCUGGCCCACGUAUGACGCGUCACAAUUUUUACAAGAUAUUUUGUAUACUACAUUUUUAUUAAAUUGAAUUAGAAGGAUAUCUUUCUGUACUUUAAU